AUGAAAAUUGCUAUUAUUGAAUACUCCACCUAUGGUCAUAUAGUUUCACUUGCAAAAGAAAUUCAAAAAGGUAUUGAAUCCGUUGGUGUUAAAGCUGAUAUUUUUCAAAUUGCUGAAACUUUACCUCAAGAUGUUUUGGAAAAAAUGCAUGCACCACCAAAACCAAAUUCCCCAAUUGCAACAUUGGAUACUUUAAUUGAAUAUGAUGCUUUUAUCUUUGGAUUUCCAACCAGAUUCGGUAAUGCUCCAGCACAAGUGCUUGAAUAUAUUUCUGGAACUUCAGGAAUUUGGAUGAAAGGUCAGCUUUAUGGUAAGCCAGCGGGAUUAUUCACAAGUACUGCUACUCAAGGUGGUGGUCAAGAAAUGACUAUUCGUAACUUUUUAUCAAUUUUAGCUCAUCAUGGUAUGAUUUAUAUUCCUUUAGGGUAUGCAAAAGCAUUUGCAGAACAAUCUAAUUUGAGUGAAGUUCAUGGUGCAUCUCCUUAUGGUAGUGGAGUUCUUGCUGCUGGAGAUGGAAGUCGUCAAGCAAGUAAAUUGGAGUUAGAUAUUGCAUUUAAACAAGGUGAGUCAUUUGCGACUUCAGCAAGUAAAUUUUACAAGUCAGAAAGCAAUUCGGCAAAUAAAGGAAAAGGUACUGGUGCUGCGGCAACCACUGGUGGAGCUACUUCAUCUAAACCAACAGAAGUUAAAUCAGAAAAACCAACUACUCAUUCACAACCACAACCACAAAGAGCUGCACAAACCUCAAAAGCUCCUGAAACUACAGAUAAAAGUAUUUGUUCAAAAUGUAUAAUAAUGUAA